AUGUCAGAGUCAACAAACCAAGACACGGCCAACUCUUCGAGAGCAACAAGUCCUUCAGAGGAACGUCCCACCAACUUUGAAGAAACCACCACCCCUUUCUUUAAAUACCACCACCAAAAGACCAUUGAGAAUCAUGACAGCAAGUACUUGAGUCAAAACCUAACCCAUGCUACUUUGGGCGAUGAAGAUCCUGCUGAAGUGAGCGAGUCAGACGAGGAGUAUCUACCACCCGCCAAAAGUGCACCUGAACGUGCGCCAGAUCAUCACACGGAUGCUGGUACUGCUAAAGCUGAUACACAUGAUGAUGCUGUCACAGCCGAAUUGUGUGGAUUGUAUCAGACAUUGCAGAAUUGCUUGGAUCUACGAGAAAAGUACAUGAAGCGUUCAUGCCAGCGUUGGGAAGAUGAUCCUAGAAACAGAGAUGAUUGGGAAGUCUAUCCACCUCCACCUCCACCAUCGUGGCCGUUACCAUCACCUGAAGAACAAGCUCGUCGUAGAGAACAGGAACGACGUCGUGAAGAGGAUCCCGUUGCUGCUGUGGGUAGCGAUUUUGAAUGGGAUAAAUGCAAGAUCCCUGGUAACCAUGAGUUUGUAUUUGGCAUGGGACCAGAAGGCUUUUAUGAGGUGUACCAAUCUGAGAAAGACAAGAGUGAAGGUCGCCCUGUUUAUGAAAUCCCCGGAAGAAGAGAAUUCUUUAAGGAUAUCGAUUACGUGUUGAAUGCUAUCAGUGAUGGCCCAGCCAAGAGUUUUGCUUUCCGUCGCCUGCGAUACCUUGAUAGCAAGUGGCAAAUGUACAUUCUAUUGAAUGAAUUCCAAGAAUUGGCCGAUUCCAAGCGUGUGCCCCACAGAGAUUUUUACAAUGUGAGAAAAGUGGAUACUCACGUGCACCACUCGAGCUGCAUGAACCAAAAGCAUCUUUUGCGCUUUAUCAAGUCCAAGAUGAAGAAAAGCCCUGAUGAUGUUGUUAUUUAUCGCGAUGGUCAACAUCUCACAUUGAAAGGCGUAUUUGAGAGCUUGAACUUGACGGCAUACGAUUUGAGCAUUGACACGCUUGACAUGCAUGCCCACAAGGAUUCAUUCCAUCGCUUUGACAAGUUCAACCUCAAAUACAAUCCUAUCGGUGAGAGCAGACUGCGUGAGAUCUUCAUGAAGACCGACAACUAUAUCCAGGGCAGAUACCUUGCCGAGAUCACAAAAGAGGUCGUCUCUGAUCUUGAGUCAUCCAAAUACCAGAUGGUGGAAUACAGAGUAUCGAUUUAUGGAAGAUCGAGGGAGGAAUGGGACAAGCUUGCCAAAUGGGUGGUCAACAACAAGCUUUUCUCGCCCAAUGUGCGCUGGUUGAUUCAAGUGCCUCGAUUGUACAACAUCUACAAAGCAUCCAACUCUGUUGAAAGCUUCCAUGACAUCAUUCGCAACUUGUUUGAGCCAUUGUUCGAAGUUACCAAGGAUCCCCAAAGCCAUCCUGAACUUCACGUGUUCUUGCAGCGUGUUGUAGGAUUUGAUUCGGUGGACGAUGAAUCCAAGCCCGAGCGCCGAUUGUUUAAGAAGUUCCCAGUGCCCUCAGAAUGGAACAGCAAACACAAUCCACCUUACACCUACUACUUGUAUUACACCUAUGCCAAUGUUGCAUCUUUGAACAAUUGGCGUAAAUUGCGUGGAUUUAAUACCUUUGUUAUGCGUCCUCAUUGUGGUGAAGCUGGUGAUACCGAGCACUUGACAGCAGCCUUCUUGUCGGCAUUUGGAAUCAGCCAUGGUAUUCUCCUGCGAAAGGUGCCUGCACUUCAAUACUUGUAUUACUUGUCGCAAAUCCCUAUUGCCAUGUCACCAUUAUCCAACAAUGCUCUCUUUUUGACGUAUGAACGUAAUCCGUUACCCCAAUUCUUCCAACGUGGUCUCAACAUUUCUCUAUCAACGGAUGAUCCUCUUCAAUUCCAUUUCACCAAGGAACCAUUGAUUGAAGAAUACAGUGUGGCUGCUCAGAUCUGGAAAUUGUCGCCUACGGACAUGUGCGAAUUGGCACGUAACUCGGUGAUCCAAAGUGGAUGGGAAAGCCAUAUCAAGAAGCAUUGGAUUGGCAAGCAUUGGGAUGAACCUGGUGUGGCAGGCAAUGAUAUGCAAAAGACCAAUGUCCCUGAUAUUCGUGUGAGCUUCCGAUAUGAGACGCUGAUGGAGGAGCUUAAUGCACUGCGUCAUUAUGCACCCCGCCCUAGCAAGGAGAAAGAACAAGCUCCCGUUCCUUUGACCAAGCAUGAUAUGGUAGGCGCUGCUGGAUUAACCGAAGGUGCCAAGUUGCAGCAGCACAUUCAUCAUACAACCCACCAUGAUGAUAAAAAUGAGAAGCCUCAAGAGCAUUGGUCAUCGUUCCCUGGUGUCGGCGUUGUCGCCGAACGAGCUAGAAGAAAGACUACGCAACAAGAUUAA